UGAGGCCUAGGAGAGAUGAGGAGGCUGCGGGUCCCUGGAAGAGGCCAACUUGGGGGAGGGGGGCAAUUGGGGGCCCAGGCUCCGAGAGGCCCGGGGCUCCCGUGGGUCUGGGCUGGGGCGGGGGCCGCCUGCGUACUCGGAGAAGCCAGGUCGGCGGCGCCGGGGCCCUGCCCGGGGCUAACGGGCCGGGCCGCGGGGAGGCGGGGUGCCGGCCAGGCGGCGGCGCGGGCUCCGGACGCGAGGGCUCCCGCUCCCUCCUCCCGCCCGAGCCAGCCUCGGGCGCCCGGCGCCUCCCACGGAGCCAGCGCCAGAGCCGGGAGGCCCCGGCCCGCCGCCGCGGCCCGCGGAAGGAGCCGCCGCUGUUGUUGCUGCCGCCGCCGCCGCCAGGCCGCGCCCCGCCCCUGCCGCUGCCGCUCCCCGGUGAGGCUUGCGCUCGACCUGCGGCGCCGGCCCCGCCGCCUGGGCCCCGGGCCCGGCCCCUUCCGCGCCGCCCGGGCGAUGAGAAGCUGCUUCUGCGUGAGACGGAGCCGGGACCCGCCGCCGCCGCAGCCGCCGCCACCGCCGCCCCAGCGGGGAACAGAGCAAUCCGCCAUGCCUGAAGUCAAAGACCUUUCAGAAGCCUUGCCAGAGACGUCAAUGGAUCCCAUCACGGGAGUGGGGGUGGUGGCUUCUCGGAACCGAGCCCCGACAGGCUACGACGUAGUUGCACAGACAGCAGAUGGUGUGGAUGCUGACCUCUGGAAAGACGGCUUAUUUAAAUCCAAGGUUACCAGAUACCUGUGUUUCACAAGAUCAUUUUCCAAAGAAAAUAGCCAUUUAGGGAACGUGUUAGUGGACAUGAAGCUCAUCGACAUCAAGGACACUCUGCCUGUCGGCUUCAUCCCAAUUCAGGAGACGGUAGACACACAGGAAGUGGCUUUUAGGAAGAAGAGGCUGUGCAUUAAAUUCAUCCCACGGGACUCAACCGAAGCUGCCAUUUGUGACAUUCGGAUCAUGGGCCGGACCAAGCAGGCCCCUCCUCAGUACACGUUCAUUGGGGAGUUGAACAGCAUGGGGAUCUGGUAUCGAAUGGGCAGAGUACCAAGAAAUCAUGACUCAUCUCAACCCACGACGCCUUCCCAGUCAUCAGCUGCUUCCACCCCAGCCCCCAACCUUCCCAGGCACAUCUCUCUCACGCUCCCUGCUACCUUCCGAGGCAGGAACAGCACUCGGGCUGACUAUGGGUACCAGCACUCCAAUCUGUAUGCCAUAUCAGGAGCCAAGCUCCCCAGGGCAGCGGGAACGUGUUGUCGAAGAGAAGCAUCUCCAGGGAGAAUUUCUUUUGUGCGCUGUCUAUUUCAGCAGAGUCGACAAGGAGCAUAACAAGUGUGGAAAGAUGACCUAUUUUGUAGAAAAGCUGAAUAUUUCCCCAGAUGCCUGGUGGCAGAGUGGUGCAAAAUAGGUCUGUGAAAUCCAGCAGGGCGGCCCCGUUCCCAAUGCACAUGAGGAGAGCUCAGUCACAGCAGAUGACUUUUUUCCCCUCCAGCUCGCAAAUCUUUUUCCAGCCACAGGGUUCGGCUGCCCCCACCGUACCUGGAUUCUCUGAUGGCUUUCCCAGCUGUUGACGUUUCUGCAGAGAAGGGCCCACAGAGUGAAAUCUCCUCUGGUUUGGCAGGAAUGUUCCUGUCUGCCUCUGGGCCACUGCUUCCUCGCCCCGCGGCUUUGAUGAGGUGUUGUCUGGGUUCAUUUCAGCUGUUAGUUUAGCAAUACCGAGGUAACAGUCUCAAGACGCAGGGGAAGCCAUUCAGAAACUUCCUGUUACGUUUGCGUAAGUGGCAGUCAAUUGGAUUUUAUCUUCCAAACAGAGGUAGUCGAGGCUGUGGCCCAGGGCAGCAGGCAGCUCGGGCCUCCUCGGUGGUGGCAGCACCAGAGUGCCCCGCCAGGGUCCAGGACUGCUUUGUUGUGAUGCCGCCAGGCGUGCCCUGCGGGACCCGCGGGCUCCGUAAGGCCGGCAGACUCAACACUGCGCAGUCGUGGUGCAUGCAGCUGGGAGGCCUGCCCAGCGGCAGCCUGCCUGCGAGCCAUUCUGGCUAAAAGGGAGCAGAAACCACGCCCCCCCACCCCCACCCCGUUCCAACAGUAUCUGG